AUGCCAAUUCCUAUACUCGGGACGAUUCAUAUAAUUGGAAUGAAUCCUCUCACAUGGUACAAUAAAAAUAAGGAGAAAGCCGGUGCAAUCUGGGAAUUUUAUAUUGCUUCCGAACGACACAUAGUCGUCAGUCAUGUAAAACAUGCUGAGAUACUUUGUAAACCAAUCAAAAACUUCUUUAGUCGACUUCCCUUUCCUGCAUUUGAAAGAGUAGGACUUAAUAAUGGAGUAUUUUUUGCUAAUAAUUAUGAUGCAUGGCUUCGAAGGAGAAGAUUAAUAAUCCGUGCAUUAAUGGCAACGAAAUUCUUACAAGGUAUCGUCCUUUGUGUUCAAAACCAAUUUAAAGCAUCUGAAGAAAGAUGGAAUUCGAAAAUAAAAGAUGGAAUUGAAUUUGAUUUUAGGGAAUGGAUAAGAUAUUUCGCAACUGAUCUUUCUACCCUUCAAACCACAAAACAACGUACUUAUUGUUUAGCUGUAUUUGACACAAAUGAGAAAUUAGUUCAAACUGAAGAAAUUAAAAAAUCUUUAAAGUUUACUGAUGGCAUACAUAAAUAUUUUAAUUCACUUGGAUUUUUUGUUUUCGUCCCUCAAUUUGUAAUGGAUUAUGUGCCAGGUUUUAGUCAUUAUAGAGAGAGGUGUGAACGUAAUAUUACUUAUUUGAAUGAUGUUGUGAAUAAUAUCAUUAAUAAAAGAAAAAAAGAACUUGAAGAAGGUGCUGAAUUAGACGCAGAUUUUCUAGAUCAUCUAUUGAUUGCUCAUACCCUAAAAGAUCCUGAUUCUAAAAAUGAUGAUAAUGUGACUCCAAUAACUGCUAAAGAAGUUACUGUUAUUACGUGGGACGUUAUCCUAGCUAGCACCGAUACGACUGGUAAUGCACUCAGUUUUUUAAUAUAUUACAUUUCGAAAAAUCCAAAUGUUCUUGACAAGAUUCGCAAAGAGAUCAGUGAAGUUUUUGGUUCUGAUCCAAACGUUGAAUUCACUCUUGAAAAACUCGAUAAUUGUCAUUACAUUGAAGCUACGAUCAAAGAAUCUUUGCGUAUUACUACGUUGGUUCCAUAUACUAUAAAAGUAUCUGAUGGUGUUCAAAAUAUUGCUGGGUAUAAUUGGCCAAGUGGAACUAGAUUUUGGAUAGAUCAUCAAACUCUUUGUAAUGAUCCUGAUUAUUGGGAAGAUAAUGAAACUUUUAAUCCUGAUAGAUUUUUAAGUAAACAUCAUGGUGGCUCGUCUGAACUUUCGGAAUUUCAAAAGACUUCUUAUACUCCAUUCGGUUGUGGUCUUAGAUCUUGUGCCGGAAAAUUAGCGGCUAUGAAUGUAUUGAAAUCUUUGGUUAUUCUAUUUUAUAGAAAAUAUAACAUAGAGUUAAAGGAUGAAAAAAUAAAAUAUUAUUGUAGUUUGUUAACUCAGGUAUAUGAUCAUAAAGUUAAGAUUAGCUUAAGAGAAGAUUCUUUGUAA